CCGAACACGCAACUUCUCUUUCCAGCUCGGCGUCAAAGGAGGCUUCUCUUUCCCCUCCAAGCCCCGUCUGUUCUUGCGCACUCGUGACGGGCUUCCGAGGCAAUCAUGGAGACCAUUUCACGGAUCUCUUCCAUGCUGGAAACAGCUCGGGAGCUCACCCUCGAAGCAGCCCAGUCCGCAGCCCUGAAUAGAGGACCGAGCACGGGAUUAUCCUCUCGCAAUAUGACAGCUUCGCACAUCAAGAAAUUAUUGGAUAGUCGGAGUGAUCGCGAGGUGCUCGAUGGCAUGCGACGUGUGAUUACACUGAUGUACCGAUCCGAGUCCUCACUUCCUUUCUUCUCCGCGGUCGUGAAAAAUGUGGCAAGUGCCAAUCUCGAGGUCAAGAAGCUGGUCUACAUCUAUUUGGUCCACCAUGCGGAGACGGAGCCGGACCUUGUGCUCUUGUCUAUCAACGCCAUUCAGAAGUCGCUUACGGACCAGAACCCGCAUGCGCGCGCCAUGGCGCUCCGCACAAUGUCUGGAAUCAGAGUUCCGGUCAUCAGCCAGAUUGUUUCCCUUGCCAUCAAGAGAGGAUGCGGAGAUAUGAGCCCUCAUGUGCGCAAAGCGGCAGCAUUGGCUAUUCCGAAAUGCUAUCGCCUGGACCCGAACACUCUGCCGCAGCUGGUUGGAUAUAUCUCUACUCUGCUUGGUGAUACCCAAUACUUCGUUAUCGGGCCCACUGUGGCCGCGUUCUUGGAAGUCUGUCCCGACCGGAUUGAUCUGGUUCACAAGCACUACCGGACUCUUGUCAAAAAGCUCGUUGAUAUGGACGAGUGGAGUCAGCUUGCGACGCUGCGCCUCUUGACCUUCUACGCCAGGCAGUGCUUUCCUCGCAAAACGAAGAAGGUCAAGCGAGCGACAGCAAAUGAAGGGUUCUAUGAGGAUGACGACAACGGCGAGGAUGUGAGUGGGGACAACGAGGCCGAACAGGAAGAGGUACCGGUCUUGGACCCGGACUUGGAGCUGUUUUUGCGCUCGUGUCUCCUGCUGUUACAGAAUCGCAAUUCCGCUGUCAUUGUUAGUAUUGUGCGGUGUUUCCUCAACCUCGGCACGCCAGAGUACCUUGAAGCCGCUGUUGGUCCCCUUAUCGCUCUUCUGCGAAGUCCCCAGGAUGUGCAGCACGUUGCGCUCUAUAACAUUGUGGUUGUGGCUUUGAGACAUCCAAAGCCAUUCACUAAAUACACCACACAUUUCUUGGUACAUGCUAUCGACCCGCCUCACAUAUGGCGUCUCAAGCUCGAAGUGCUCACUAUACUCUUCCCUUACUGUGGAAAACAUCUCAAGGGAGUGAUCCUCAACGAACUUCAGCAUUUCUCGCAAAGUACAGACCCAGAGAUGGUUCGGGAAAGUGUACGCGCUAUAGGACGUUGCGCGCAGGGUGAUACCAGCGCAGCAGACCACUGUCUGCGAGUCCUGCUCAACCAGAUCACGAGCCAAGACGAUAAUCUGGUAUCAGAGUCGCUGACCGUCAUUCGCCACCUCAUUCAACAGGACCCGCCCGCGCACGAGAAGACUGUUAUCCAGUUGGUUAAGCAUUUGGGACUGACCACCAAUCCCGACGCAAGGGCUACGAUUGUCUGGCUUGUCGGAGAAUUCGCUGGCGCCGAACCCGAAAGGAAUAUCGCCCCCGAUGUCCUUCGAAUCCUCGUGCAGGAUUUCGCCAAUGAGGCCGAGCCCGUGAAGCAGCAGAUUGUUCUUCUUGGCGCAAAAGUGUAUCUACAUCAUCUGCUACGAAAUCCCAAGAAAGAAGAACCGGAGCCGCAAGCGCAACCGUCAGUCAAGACUGAGGAGCCAAUCGUCAACGAAUGGGCCGACACUCCGACCGAGCAGAAGCCUGAGACCAAUGGCCAGGAAGAGCAAGAGAGCGAGCCUGAGGAGGAUCAGAUCGAAUUGCUUUGGCGAUACAUCCUUCUUUUGGCCAGAUACGACCCCUCUUACGAUCUUCGCGAUCGCGCGCGACUUUACAAGGCUCUUCUCGCGUCACCCUCCAUGACGCAGUUGGCCAAUCUACUUCUCCUCGCACCCAAACCUGUUCCGCAUGCUCCAAGCCCAUCUGAGACACGAAAGGAUCUUUUGAUAGGCUCUUCUACCCUUGUGAUCGGGCCGGAUGCGGGAAUGCUUGGUCUCAAGGGCUACGAGAAUCUUCCCGAUUGGGUUGAAGCAGGGCAAGAGCCCGACCCGCGUCUCCGAGAAUCUGAGGUGAAGCCUGAUCUCACAGGACGGACAUCAAUGACGGCGGGUGAGCGGCUUGACCAGGCCCUUAAGGAGCAUGAGCAGAGUGCUUCAACUUCAAGGCAGUCACAAUCCGGGCGCCCCGGGGUAGGGGCGUCUUCGUCGAAGGGAAAGACGCUCGAUGAGUGGCUAGAAGAACCGGAGUCUGAGAGCGAGGAGGAAACGGACUCGGAAGAGGAGGUGACUGAUUCAGAGUACGAGACAGACGAGGAGGAAACGGAAGAAGAUGAGACAGAUGAGGAAGAGGAAGACACCGACUCUGAAGACCGGGCACAGGCGACUGGACUUCUGAAACGGUGAAGCAACUGACCUGAUAUGACGAGUAUAUACCAAAUUCAAACCUGGCUUUCACUUUCCAGUGUUCUUGCAUUAUGAGGAU